ACAGACAGACAGACACACACACACACUCAGCAGCAUCCCUCUCCCCUCUGCCUCUCCAGUUCUGCCCUCCAACCGCCAAGAUGCUGCUUUUGCUGCUGGGGAUCAUCGUGCUCCACGUCACCGUGCUGGUGCUCCUCUUCGUCUCCACCAUCGUCAGCCAAUGGCUGGUGAACGGGGGGCACACGGCGGACCUCUGGCAGAACUGCACCUCCGGUAACGUCUUCCACUGCCUGACGUCGUCCACGAACGAAUGGCUGCAGUCGGUCCAAGCGAUGAUGAUCCUCUCCAUCAUCUUCAGUGUCUUGUCCCUGUUCCUGUUCUUUUGCCAACUGUUCACGCUCACCAAGGGCGGACGGUUCUACAUUACUGGAGUCUUCCAGAUCCUUGCCGGGCUCUGCGUGAUGAGCGGUGCGGCCAUCUUCACAGUGAGGCACACGGACUGGCACCAAGCCUCGGAAAACACCUCCUACGGCUUCGCCUAUAUCCUGGCGUGGCUGGCCUUCCCCCUGGCCCUCGCCAGCGGCAUCGUCUACGUCAUCCUACGGAAGCGGGAGUGAUGCCGCCCGCGGCGGGAGGUGGCGUGGCGUGACAAGGGCACUCAUGACGUCCACGGAGGAGACGGAGGCGGGGGAAAAUAGACGAGAAAACGGAAAAGAAAAUUAACCAAAAAAAAAAAAAAAAAAAAAAAAAAAGGAAUAAAACCCUCCCAGCAAAA